AUGGCGGCAGUUGUAUUUACAUGUGAUCCUAGGAUAGAAGCCUUAAAGUUUUGGAAUUUGGGUAUUUAUUUGCCACUGACAGAUAAAUUUUAUACAGUCUCAUCUGCAACCAAUUCAACUUCUGUUACACCCCCUCUGAGCCCUGUCAGUGUUGUGUGUAGUACCAACAGCAGUUGCAGUAGCAUUGAUAAUUGUAGCAUCCAAAGCAGCAGUACCAAUAAUAUUCAAACAAAUACCACCACCACCACCACCACCACCACUACUUCCACUACCAAUGUCUGUAGCCAUAACACUGGGCAACACAAUGACUUGAGUGGAACUGCAGAACUGGGACUUCAUAAUGCCUUUGAACUCUUGGACAUAGAUUCUGAACACUGGAAAAACCAAGAUGAGAAAAUUGUUGACUGUCUAAAAUCUCCAGUUGCCAGCCGAUUUGAGUUAAGGGUGUGUGGUGCACCUCCAAGUACUCCAUCUACGAGUCCUCCAUUAGCAGGAGUGGGUGUUGCUGAUGCUAUGGUAUCUGUUUCUGGUGAGGAACCUCUCACUGGUUGCAUCACUUCUCUGCAGAAACUGAAGCUGCUCUGCCAGGAAUGUCGUAAGACAGACAGUUGUAAAUGCAGCAAAAUUCAUUUGAAGAAAAAGGUUUCAUCAUCAAUGUUGGACAAAUUCAAUCUGGCCAGGUCAUCAUCCAGUCCUCGGGGUGUCAUAAAAGAGGCUCGAUUCCGGCCACAUCCUUCAGACAGUACAGAGAAGAGUGUGUUGCGGGCAUCUCGGUUAAAGUUUCUCUCUCAACUUAAUGCAGCCAAAAGAGCCAAACACAUGGCUAACAAGUCAACUCCAAUCAAAUUUGAUGAGGCUAAUAUUUUUGCUAUUUCCUCCCCUUCCCACCGGACCGUUCUGGGGAGACCGAUAAACUGCUGUUCGGAUCAAGAAUUCACAACGUGGCAAAUAUUGGUGGUUCCUUCAGUUCACCGGGGGGAGGAGAUCGAGUGGAUUCCUUUUUCAGCCAGAACCACCGGGGAGACAGGACAUAGCUGCAACAGGCAGGGUUUAUUACGUUAG